GACCGAGAAGGCCGAGGACGACGACCCGGGCGUCAAAGACUGCAAAGCCGAGUCAGGAGACGAGUCCGCGGAGGAGAUCGGGGAGGACACGCCGGAGGGAGACUGCAACCUCCUCGUGGAGUUCUGCCACAAGCUGAAGCUGAAGUUCAUGGAGCACGAUCGGCACCUAAAGGUGAAGCAGACGAUGAUCAGCUUUGCCAACGACACGGUGUAUGGCUCUCGACAGGGCUUUCACGAGGCCCUGUUGAUUGUCCCCGCGAACAAAGGCAACGCCUUCCUGACCUCCAAGUUCUGGAAGACAGGUGUCAUUGCAGAUGUCAGCAUGCUGGCCAGACCCGACUUCGUGAAGUUGGACACCAGGGUCAAGAAGGACGAGGCCUUCGGCGCCGGCUCGGUUCGACUCACACGGGUCCAGGAGAUGAAGCAGGACACUGCCACGAUCCUGCUGGAUUUCAGUGGCUCUGACGCAUGGCCGGCCAGCCAGAUUCUCCGUCGGCUGACGAAAAGCCCCUGGCUCGCAACAGAGAGUUUUCAAGCAGGCGACAAGUACGCCGUUGCUACUGUCUGCCACUCGGCCAUGGAGGAGAAGCACUGCAAGACCAGUCUCGGGCACUAUGCCUUCUCCCUUGCCCGGCAAGGCAAGCUGAAGCUGACCGGCUUCCCGGACUUCGACAAGGCGACAGGUCAGCUCCGAGAGACGGCAACGGCAGCCACGGUGCCUAGUUACGCAGUCACCGUCGCAGUUGGCCGAUCGCUGGUUGUGAAGGAGGCGCUGAAGCAGCAUUGGCUGGCACAGUCCGACUUCGCAGGCCAAGCCCGAGAUUUGUUCGAGGCCUUCGACAAGGAGUUCAACCCGGAGAACUUGAAGAGAGGCGGUCAGACCUCGAGUGAGGAAAGCGCGGCGAAGAAGCCUCGUCUGAACUUGGAUCUCGAGAAAGCCGGCUCGGUGGAGGAGCUCCCAGGCGAGGAUGCGACCGCUUUGAAGUGCGGGGCUUUUACCUUGACCUGGACGACGGAUGAGGGCAAGAUGUUCAUCCACGCGGAUGAGCAAUGCACGGUCAAGGCUGGCACAGAGCUCUUUGGCUUUGGGAAUGGCGAGUUUGCCACCGACACUACGGCCACAGACGUGAUGUCGGACCAGAUGGGGAAGUGGAUCGCCUUCGACCUCGCUGGCACCGAUGUGUUUUUGGUGCUUGAGCCCGACACGAAGCUGCCCGACCAUCUGAAGGACCUUCCGGUCUUGGGCAAGGCCGCUCGGUUAAACAUAAUUUCUCUUUGUGCAGAUUUCUUCCGGCUGCCUUGCAGCAAGGUUACAGAUCUGCAGGCCAUCCUGCGUGCUUUGGAGGAUGCUGGCGAGGUGGAGGUCAACGUCGCCGGUCACAGCAAGGAUGAUGGCUUCGUGCUGAAGCCUACUUCCAAAGUCGUGUUCGUCCUGGAGGACAAGGCAAAGAAGUCCAAGAAGAAGAAGAAGGGCCCGAAUGCUGUGUCCUGGGGCAGUUUGCUGACAAUGCCCAAGAUCCGUGGUCAGCGCAACAUCGCGAUUGGAUGGAGGUUGAGCAUGGAGGAAGGAUCUUCCGAGAGAGUUCUAUGCCCUGUCCGACCCAUAGCGGUCCUGAGCGGGGAUGUGACCUUGCAGUCUGGCAAGGCGAUGCUGCUGAUGUAG